AUGUCAUUAAAAUUCCAAGAGACUUCAUUAUCAGUGCAAUUACAAGAGUUAGUUCUAGGGUGUAAUAAGCUAUGCCUAUUUAGUCUAUUAAAUAUAAUAUUUUUACCUUGAUAAUCUAAAUAAAUCAAAAUGCAAGCUUAAUCAAGCAUAGAAUAGCUAUGGACUAUUUAAGACAAGAAAAUUUUUCAAGCUCUUUUCAUUUAUUGCGAAGAGCUCAAGAUAUAUUAAGUUUACCUCAAUCUUCAACCUCAAAGACAAAAUUACUCUCAAUUACUUACAACAACUUAGGCUGCUAUUAUAAAAAAGUUGGAAAAUUAAAUAUCGCUCUUCAAUUUUUACAGAAAGCAUUAGAUUUAAGCAUAAAUUCGCCUGUCGAAUCAACUAAUCUUGCAGGGACACAUCUAAAUAUUUGUGCUAUUAAAUCGCAGCUGGGAAACCAUGACUCAGCUGUAAAAAGUGUUACAAUUAAUUAAAUUAUGAUGCCUUGUUUCGAGGAUGUUUAACGCUGCAAGCUCAUUGGUUCUGUGAAAAGUUAUCGGCUGAUACCAAUUGCCUCACACUAGACUACACCAGACCUGGCCUGCUUUGGAGCGUCUUUUAGCUAAGGGCUUGGAUCUAUGGGUGUAACUCCUAGUUCCACGAUGAGCACUUACUGUCUUCAGAGUCCCUAAUUAGAGCGGGGAUGUGUCCUUAUCUCGACUGUGCUCUUUCCAACUCCAUUUCAGGAAGAAAAGUCCUAUGCUCCAGGUAUCAUACAUGUGGCACGAGAAAAAACACAUUAAGGAUACCGAAUCUGUUUCUAGACAUGGUUCCUUCUGGGCAUUGCCUGUAGGUUUGAAAAAAUGUCAAGAGAUCGCGUGUUCGCAUUCGCCAUUUUAAUCUAUAUAAAAGGUCUUACAAAAGCUAUUAGCUUACUUAGCGAAGCUGAAAGAUAUGAAAAAACUGAAAAUAUUGUAAACACUUUGGCUAUCGCCUAUUAUAAUGCUGGAAUCGAAUACGAGUUAUUAGGAUUUUUUGCGAAAGCAGAAGAAGCUUACAGAUUAGGAAUUGAAAAAGCAAAAAGCAACAAAACAGAAACCCAUCAUGUGAUGGAUCUUUUGAUAAAAAAUUAUAACGCAUUAAAGGCAAAGUAUGUUGUGAAUAACCAAAAAUAUAAUUUUGAGAAAAUUAAUAUAAAGCCAAACCAUCAGAGGGCAAAUUCAACACAGUCAAAUAGAAAAUAUACAUUUUUAGAUAGACGGUAAACAUUUACUUUUGAUAGCCUUGGCUUGUCAAUAGGCAAGGCCCAUACUUGGACUUUAAGACUUCUUAACUAAAUAUAAUCAUCUUAUCUCUUUUAUAAGGAUCGCUCCUUCAUGGCUUAAAUAUGCAUAAAGCUUAAAUGCAAUUCUUGCAGUAGGAUUUUAGUGCUUAAAUUUUGGUAUCUGUAUUGUUCUUACAUUUAGAUAGAUUGUGAUUAUAUUUAAAAAAAAUAAAUCUUUGUUAACAGUCAUUAUUCGGUAAACCAAAGUAGUGACAGUGUGCAAAUCUGAUCGGCAAAUGAAAUUAAUUUUUCACACAGAAAUUAAUGAUUCCCAGAUUCUGAUAAAUUUAAAGCAUUUCUGAUAAAAUAUGGGCAUAUUUGUUUCUCGCCAUUUGAAUACUCUCAAGCACAAAAGUAUCGAAAUAACCUUAUUAUGUAUUAUGAUAAUAGCUUGUGCUAUGACUUAGUAGAUACUCGAUAUAAACGUUCGAUAUAUCGGCUAUUAUGUCGUAUCAAUUAGCUAUUUGUUUUGAAACGGCUAAAUUAGCCAGUUGGCAAAGUACUGUUAGAUGAUAAUGGCUUCAGCAAUCACCUAAAAUGAAUGCUCGAUAUAGACGUUCGAUAUAUCGGCUAUUAUGUUUAUCAAUUAGCUAUUAGUUUUGUAACGGCUAAAUAUGCCAGUCGACAAAGUAUUGUUAGAUUAUAUAUAGGCUUCUUCCAUCAUCUACGUGAACGUUUUAUAUAUUUAUUAUUAUGUUUAUCAAUUAGCUAUUAGUUUUGUAACGGCUAAACAUGCCGGUCGGCAAAGUGCUGUUAAAUUAUAAAGGCUUCUGCCAUAUCCUUAGUAAUGUUUAUCUUUUCACCUCCAUUUAGGCGAUUUCUCUUUCUGUUGUCAUCAUUUGACACCUUUUAUUAUUAGUGAAAUGUUUGAUAUGGACAUUCGAUAUAUUUAUAUCAAUAGCUAUUAGUUUUGAAACGGCUAAAAUAUGCCAAUCGGCAAAGUGCUAUUAGACUAUAAUGACUUAUGCUAAUACCUGAGUGAUAUGCUCGGCAUAGACGUUCGGUAAGUUUAGCCGACUGGCUAAUUUAGCCGUUACAAAACUAAUAGCUAAUUGAUAAACAUAAUAAUAAAUAUAUAAAACGUUCACUUAAGUAAUGGAAAAAGCCUUUAUAAUCUAGCAGCACUUUGCCGGCCGGCAUAUUUAGCCGUUACAAAUCUAUUAACUAAUAGAUAAUCAUAAUAGCCGAUAUAUCGAACGUCUAUAUCGAGGAUUCACUUAGGUGAUGGAAAAAGCCUUUAUAAUCUAACAAUACUUUGCCGACUGCAUAUUUAGCCGUUUCAAAACUAAUAGCUAUUGAUAAACAUAAUAGCCGAUAUAUCGAACGUCUAUAUCGAGCAUUCACUUAGGUGAUGGAAGAAGCCUUUAUAAUCUAACAAUACUUUGUCGACUGGCAUAUUUAGCCGUUACAAAACUAAUAGCUAAUUGAUAAACAUAAUAGCCGAUAUAUCGAACGUCUAUAUCGAGCAUUCAUUUAGGUGAUUGCUGAAGCCAUUAUCAUCUAACAGUACUUUGCCAACUGGCUAAUUUAGCCGUUUCAAAACAAAUAGCUAAUUGAUACGACAUAAUAGCCGAUAUAUCGAACGUUUAUAUCGAGCAUCUACUAAGUCAUAGCACAAGCUAUUAUCAUAAAAUAACAUAAUAGCCGAUAUAUCGAACGUUUAUAUCGAGCAUCUACUAAGUCAUAGCACAAGCUAUUAUCAUAAUACAUAAUAAGGUUAUUUCGAUACUUUUGUGCUUGAGAGUAUUCAAAUGGCGAGAAACAAAUAUGCCCAUAUUUUAUCAGAAAUGCUUUAAAUUUAUCAGAAUCUGGGAAUCAUUAAUUUCCGUGUGAAAAAUUAAUUUCAUUUGCCGAUCAGAUUUGGCACACUGUCACUACUUUGGUUUACCGAAUAAUGACUGUUAACAAAGAUUUAUUUUUUUUAAAUAUAAUCACAAUCUAUCUAAAUAUAAGAACAAUACAGAUACCAAAAUUUAAGCACUAAAAUCUUACUGCAAGAAUUGCAUUUAAGCUUUAUGCAUAUUUAAGCCAUGAAAGAGCGAUCCUUAUAAAAGAGAUAAGAUGAUUAUAUUUAGUUAAGAAGUCUUAAAGUCCAAGUAUGGGCCUUGCCUAUUGACAAGCCAAGGCUAUCAAAAGUAAAUGUUUACCGUCUAUCUAAAACUGUAUAUAAUUUGAAUGGAAGCUUACCAGCUGUAAGGAUUUCAAGUGCAAGGCCAAAAGAAAGAAGACAAAAUACAAGUUUUGAGCUGAGCGGAGACGUUAAUCUUGAAAAUUCUCUUCCAAAUAAUAGAGAUAUCAUAAAGCAAACCUUAAAGAAAAAUUUCAAGCAAAAAAAUUCUAAAAAAGAUAUUUUGCAAGAUAUCGCAAUAAUCCCACCUAAUCCUGUUGUAAAAAAUGAAAGAGCUAGGCCAGUUUCAGGGAAAGCAAGAGUUAAAAUAAGGCAAAAUGUCAGUGAUAAGCCUUUUUUAAAUAUAGAAGAAAAGCUUAAGCAUAUAGAAAAUCAAAUCCUGGAAUUGGAGCUUAAAGAUGAAAGUUUUAGAGAGUUUUUGACAGGAAAAGAGGAUUUCAAGAUUAAUACCCCAAUAAAGCCACCUCUUGCUAAUCCUGCUAAAAGUCAUUUGAGGAGUGGCAGAAUUUUAAUAGAUAAAAAUAAGCAUGCAGUCACAAUACAAAAAUACUGAAGAGGAUACAAAGCAAGAAAAUAUUAUUUGAAAUUGAAAACCCAAAUAGCUGAACAAAAAGCCAAAGCAUUAUUAUACUAUCUAAUACUAAAUAACUAGAAAAUAAUAUCUCUCAGGCCAUUUUAAUUUUAAAAAAAAAAUUAACUAAAUUGUAUACAAAAGCCACAAGAAAAGAUUUUUCAAGAAAAAAAAGUCAAUAUACCUCCACUUUCACAGCAGAGAAAUCCAGUAAGAUUCAUAAAAUCAGCUAAAAGAUUUCGGCCUAGUGUACUUGCGUCUAUUCCUGAAUCAAAAUGUGAGACACAUGAUGGGAAAAUUUUGCUUAUUCAAUCUCAUGUUAGGCGGUUUUUAGCGCAAAGGAAAUAUCAAAAAAUAAUAAAAUCUGCAAUUAAGAUUCAAUCUCUUAUUAGACAAUAUCAAACAAGAAGUCUUUAUGAAAUAAUAAGGAGCGCUGCAAUAUUUAUUCAGUCAGUAUGGAGAGGAUAUUGCGUCAGAAAACUAUUAAUGUAA